AGCUAUUCCAGAAAUUAUGGAGAAAGAAGUAGAAGUCCAAAGGCACUCUGGAAAAGCUGAGAAGGAAUCUCAGAUGGCAGAAGAGGAGGUCUCUCAAACUCCAAUAGCCAUUUUUGAAGAACCAAAUGAAGCUGAAGAUAGUGACUCACUCUCAAGAUACAUAUCAAAUUUUGCACUUGAUGAAGCAGAAGGAGAAUCUGAGAGGACACUAAAGAUCACUGAUGAAGAAGAUGUGCAAGAAGAUGCUGAAUCUCUUCCUUUGCAACUCUUUCAAAGGACAUCAUCUCCUCAUCAGGUAACUAAUUUUCACUUCCAUAGCUCUUCCAUUCCUACUCUUCCGGAUGAGAUACCGGAAACCUGGACAAAGAAGGUCCAAGGGCUGAUUGAGUCAGCCCUAGCAUCUCAACAUGCCUCCUUUAGGCAAGAGAUAGAGCUAAUGGAAGCCAAACACACUGAGCUGAUAGAGAAAUCUGAAGAGAAACACAACGCUGAUCUCAAGGAGAUAAGUAAAUCAGUAGAAAAGGCUCUAGAGAUCAUCUCUCUAUUGAGUAAAACUAUCAGCCCUAGCUAUAGCUUCAGCAAUCAGGUAGUAACCAAAGACUACUUGAAGGUGAUCAUUGACAAUCAAAAGGAAGCAUACAAGCUGUUCAGACUUAUUGGUGCACAUUCUGGGAACCGCAAGAUGGAAGUAAUUCUCCAACAACACAGUCCAUUUCCAAUACCACAGCUCCCUAUUGCAGUCAACGAAGGAGAAGCAUCUUAUGUCCCUUCUCAUCUGCACAUGACUAAUCUGAUCCUUGAAGCACAUCAAAGAAAUCCGGAAAACUCAGCACAGCACCUAUCCAGCUCAGGACUGGAUGGAACAGAAUUUAUAGGUGCAGUUGCUGACCACUUCUCAGAUGCUGCUCAAACAGAGGAAAGGCGUGAAAACUUAAGGCGCAUCAAAGAACUAUGUGGGAACAUGCAGGGCAUCAGUGAAGUUGCCGGAUCUUCAAAACGCAAAAGGAACUGAAGGUUCUUUUCAUCAAACCAGGGGGAAAGUAUGUGAAAACAUUUGUUUUGAUGAAAACACCCUCUCGUUUAAACAUUGCUUGAUUGGUUUAAACAUUGCUUAAGUAUGCCUUAAUUGCGCUUAUUAUGCUUGAUUAUGCUUAUCUCAAGUAUGAUUUUGUCUUAAUUAUUUUUCUGAAGCGCAUACAAUCAGGGGGAAUGUAAUUCAGGGGGAACUUACCUAGUUUUGGCUAACAAUUAUUUUUGGCAAUGAAUUAUUGAUAAGCUC